CGAACUCGCCCCUCUACAACAAGGUCACUUCUCAAUUUACUUUGCUUCUUCGACAAGCAUCGUUCCUUCCUCCAGCACGUGAGCGUGCUACCUCCUUCCAAGCUCACUUCACUGCCAUCUUGCUACAAGAUGAAGAUCGGCAAGAUCCUCGCGUUCCUGGCGCUUGCGUCGCUAGCUGUGACUUCCAUCGCGGACGCCUCUGUCGCAAAUCACGGCGCCGUGGUGCGGAUGCUUGGCGGUGGCGGCGGUGUUUCGUCUACGACAACGACUUCCUCGCCUACGACUGAUGACUCGUACACGACUCAACAGAGUACAUCGGCGACGCCGUCCCCGUCGACGGACUCUACUGCCAGCGCCACGAGUGACUCGACAACCCAGCAGAACUCGACUCCAUCCACAGCAACUACGAAUACUACGCAGGACAGCCAGACAAGCACCGACAUUACGAAUCAAGGAUCUGGAGACACCGCCGACACCCCUUGCGCCAGCGGAGAAUCCGACACGGACACCAACACUUGGACUGGAGUGGUGACUGCAGCCGGACAGCAGUCCGACUCGUGGGGUCAAACCAACACUAACCAAGCCAAUGAGUCGGCGGAGACACCGUGUUCGGGCGACCAGAGCUCCACCGGCACGUGGGGUCAGUCCACCGAGACAACCUCGAGCACGGCCGGCCAGCAGCAGCAGCAAGAGCAGCAGCAGCAGGGUCAGUCCAUCGAGAUCUCCACCAGCAGCUCGACGGGUGAGCAGCAACAGCAACAGCAACAGCAACAGCAGCAGCAACAGCAGCAGGGCCAGUCCACCCAAACGACUGUGUCUGGUUCUGUCGGUGUGGACAUCACGGUUCAGGGCGGUGAGUCGGCGGAGACGCCGUGUUCGGGCGACCAGAGCUCCACCGGCACAUGGAGUCAGUCCACCAAGACCAACGGCGAGCAGUCCUCUACGAAUGCGCAAAGUCUGAAUUCGUCGGGAACCCAGGGGGAGUCGCAAGCGAAUACAAACACGAACAGCCAGCAACAUGGACAAAUGUCUACGGACCAAUCUGCUCAGACUACCAUUUCCGGCUCGGUUGGUGCGAGCAUUUCUGGACGGGCAGAGACACCGUGCUCGGGAGACGCGAGCUCUACGGGCGAGUGGGGUCAAUCAAUCCACACCAGCAAUGGCCGUCAGAACGAAGCUUCCACGGGCACUUGGGGUCAGUCGACAGAAACCUCAUUGGGCACGAGCGGCCAACAGGCAGACCAGUCUAAGCAGACAAGCAACAACCAGAAGCAAGGGCAAUCUACGCUGACAGUCGGCGGCAACCAACAGCAGGGACAGACCUCGACUGGCACGUGGGGCCGAUCCACGGGCACGACGGUGUCGGCAUCGAUCGGUGUCAGCGUUUCGGGCAAGGGUGAUGAAUCUGCUCAGACUCCUUGCUCGGGUGACCAGAGCUCCACGGGUACGACCUCAGCGUGGACUACACCGGACUAUAAGCACGGCGUGAGCACCGGUUCGGUCUCGUCCGUGACCUCCGCGGCCACUGAGGCUCCGUCAAUGAAAUUGACCAGCGGUACCAAGUCAGGUAAGACUGGUGUGUCGGCCACGACGACAUCGACCUCGGGCACCUCAUCCGCCGACUCGUACGCGGACUCCACCACGCAACAGUCGGCCACACAGUCACGCCGCUUACUUCGCCACUAAGCGUUCUUCUCGACGGGAAGAAGGACCAUCACAUUCUCGUUGUGGCAGUUUUGACUCGCCUUUCACGGCAUCAUUCGCAUUUUGCUUCUUGUCGCCAUUGCAUGUUACUAUUUGAAUGAAUUUGUAUUACCUUCAACUUGAAGAGACGACACGAGGAUAGUGUUUUUCUCCUGUGAGGCGGGUCUUUCCAAUGUCAAGUACGGGAGAUCAAGACGUGCUGUGUUUGAUGGGGGACUGUGCAAGGGUCGCAGAGAUUACUGCUAAUACGCUGUACAUGC